AUGGGGAAACAAGAUGUCGCCGUGGAGACAGGAGAACUCGAGACAGCGGAAGGCGGUGACUCGGACUCCAACACGAGCGACGAUGACGACGACGGAGACAUACCACUCGAACUCAACUACGAGGCCAUCAAGCACAUCGCGACUUACUACCUACCCGGCGGACAUGAUCAUUGUAUCAGGGUCGAACAGCUUGCUCAAGGUGCCUAUCACGAAGUCAAAACACUUCAUUUCGAGGAUGGCUGGACGUGCAUAGGGCGCUUCCUGCUCGGGAAGCAAUCGCUGGGCUUUGCCGAAAGCGAAGUUGCUACCAUGCGAUACGUCAAAAAACAUACUUCCAUCCCGGUGCCAGAGGUCUACUUCGUGAACUACAACUCAGACCAUGUGGUCGGAGCGCCUUUCAUACUCAUGGAGCUUUUGGAAGGAGUCGCACUUCAAAAGAUCUGGCAUGACCUGUCGCUCGAUCAUAAGAAGGCUGUGAUCUCACAGGUGGCAGACGUCAAGGCGCAACUGGCCUCUCUCAAGUUCGAUGUGAUUGGAUCACUGACCGAGAGUGGGAUUGGGCCGAGCAGGGAGAACGGGUUUGAUGCUUACUGUGAUGGUAUUGGACCGUACAAGAUGAUCGAAGAGUACUUCUACGGCCUCAUGGACGUCAGCAAAUGCCUCACAUGCUGCGACGAGUGUGCUCAGCGAUGCGCAGAGAUUCGUCCGGAGGUCAAGAAGUACUUCGACAAGCAGCAGGCGAUGGCUCGCAUCUGCGGCGCCCCCUUCGUGCUCUUCCACGGCGAUUUCGACAUGCAGAAUCUGCUUUGGCAUUUCUCGAGCGAGGACGAUGAGGCUCCAAAGCUCACGGGUGUCAUUGACUGGGACGGCUCGCAGACAGUGCCUCUCUACUACUUAUACGACUACCCGAUCUUCAUCCAAGACAAUCACUACGUCAAGGAGAAGUACGCAGACAACAAGAUUCUUCGCCAGCAUCUCGUUCAUGAACUAGCAGCGAAGCAUCCUGAAGGAUCGCAGGAACGUCAAGACGUGAGGGACUGCUUCUACAAGAAGAACUACUUCCUCCAGCAGUAUGCGGAGAUGUUCCCGAAGAAGUGGGAUGAUCACGACUCACAGGCUAGCGUGCUGAGAUACUUCUUGCGUGACUACUAUGAGGGUGAUUGGAGUCCAUACGAUGGAAGGGCUGAUUGGGAGCCAGACACAGACUCGGAGAAAGAGGAUAGCAGUGAUGCUGAGGAGUCGGACUCGAGCGACGACACUGAUUUGGACACAUGCUCAGAAGAGGGAGAUUCAGAGGAAGAAGAGCCAGGUGAGGAGGACUCGAGUGAGGAUAUCGCGUAG